AUGUCUGUAUAUUCCCCUUUGACCGCAUAUAUGGACACUGCCGUUCUUCCGGCCAACCUGCCGCCUUCGCUCACGGAUGCUGGCAGCUCAUCGCCUUUUUCUUCGCCCAGGACGAUGAUUCAUAGUGGCUUGCAGAACUUUCCCGAAACUACGCCGAGAAAGCCUGGCAACUGGCACUUUUCAUUGCAAAAUUUGUCGUCGUCCCCGCCUGAUGUGCCCUCACCCAAACCUCAGCUGAGCCGGAUUUUGCAGCCCCCCUACGAGCCCAAUCGCUUGGAAAGUGCGCAUUUUGCUGCGGCAAUCACUUCACGACGGAAGAGCGCUCCCGCGGCCACUCUGUUGACGCAAAACAACCCCGCUACGAAGCGGUCCAGCGACGACGCUGGCCUAGUUCUUUCGCAGCCGCGGAAGCAGCAUCGCAACUUUAAUGCUAAGUCGCCGGAAAGCGCAGAGUUUGGCCUGCAGGUCUCCAAGUUCCGCUUCGUUGUCGAUGACAAGGGACACGUUUCUCUGCGCAGCCCAAAGACUCCGGAACGACCCGUGAAAAAGCGCAGUGCGCUAUCCAGUAAGGAAAUAAACGAGAUCUUGAGCGCAGACUCCGAUUCCGAGUCCGAGUCCGAGUUUGGUGGUGACCCAAUUGCCUCCAACGAUGCCAUUUCGGCCUUUGCUCGAACACUGGCCCGUUCAAGAGUCGGUCAAUUGGAGACAAAGGGUCAUCGCUCUCGCUCGUCCAACCACGAGGCAGAUUUCUACUCCUUUGCUAGUUCGUGCUCUGAACGAGAACCCCGUACCCCUACGUCCUCGGGCUCCUUGGGCGACGGCUGCGCUCGAAUCUCCCGGCUUCUGCAAGGCUCUACUGCAACACCGCCUGGUGCGGUCUAUGGAUUUGACUCCUUUAAUUCUUAUGCAACUGGAAUGACCCCUUACCUGCCGCGUUCCUAA